AUGAAUAUAAAUCACAACACGACAAAAUCGAUAUCAAUGGCUUCCGUUAGUACAAAAGCUAGUAAAGCAAAAAUUCAUAUUAUCUACUAUUCCACAUAUGGUCAUGUUGCUACAUUGGCUAAAAAUAUAUUGAAAGGUGUUGAAGCAGCUGGUGCUGAAGGUCAUUUAAUUCAAGUACCAGAAACAUUAUCAAAAGAAGUUUUAGGAAAAAUGCAUGCACCAGACAAAGAUUCAACUAUUCCAACAAUAUCCUUUGUUCCCGGUGUAGCAAAUACAGUUACAGUUGAAGAUGCAUUAGUAAAUUGUGAUGGUAUUCUAUUUGGUUUUCCAACACGUUUUGGUGGAAUCCCUGCACAAGUUAAAGCUGUAUGGGAUGCCACAGGUGGAUUAUGGAUGAAAGGUGCACUCGUCGGAAAACCGAUUGGUGUAUUUUUUUCAACUGGUUCACAAGGUGGCGGUCAAGAAACAACCGCAUUAACAUCGUUAACAAAUUAUGUUCAUCAUGGAAUGUUAUUUGUACCAAUUGGAUAUACAAGUCCACUUCUUGGUAAUAUAGAUGAAGUUCAUGGUGGCAGCGCGUAUGGUGCCGGUACCAUUGCUAGUAGUAAUGGAUCACGACAACCCAGUGAAUUAGAAUUAAAAUUAGCCCAGCAUCAAGGAUCAUAUUUUACUCAAGUAGCAACUGCAUUGAAAGUAGGUCGUGCAGCAGCAUCGUCAUCAUCAUCAUUAUAA